AUGGAUCGAAUAUACAUAUUUCUCGCGUUAUUUUCUUUGGUGUAUUUCCUGGAAGCCAUUGGUGGCAGCUAUAUUAACUCGGCAGUUCAGAAUAUUGAAAGGCAGUUUCAGAUGUCUUCUAGAGUUUCUGGGUUCAUGAUCUCAGCUAGUGACUUUGGCUACAUUCCAUGCGUCGUCCUAAUUGCUCAUUUUGGCUCAAAAGGGAAUCGCGCGCGAUGGAUCGGUGCUGGAACAAUUCUCGUUUCCAUAACGUAUUUGAUGUUGGCAUCGCCAAAUUUUCUGUUUCCACAAGGACAUCAUGACAUCAAUACAACAGCAGUGGCUGCUCAACUCGAACCAACAGAACUUCAAUUGGCAGCGAAUUCUUCACUCCGCCAAUUGUUAUCAUAUCCAUUGAUUCGGGAUCGCCUACCCUUUGACAUUUAUAAUAAAUUAAAUUUAUUAGAAGAUGACCAAUCCCCGAUUGAGGAAUACACCCCAUUAAAGGAUACGCCAAAGUCCGCUGAAGACGUUGGAACUAUCGGACACAAUGUAACAUAUUCAAUUGAUGGUUGGCUUAUCGAUGAGGCACUUGAGAAGGUUGAUAGUGUUCUGGAGGGUGACGGAGAUCAGGCUGAAUUGCGUAGCAUACUUCAGUAUUAUUUGAGAAGACGUUCGAAUUCGACAAAUCGUGAUAUAAUGAAAAUGCGUUUGAGUGCUGCCGCACCAUUUGCAUUUUGCGGAAAAUUGACGAAUUCCUUAAGAAAAAUUAUCAAAGAUUCCAAAUGCAAUGAGCAAAGCAAUAGUAUUUAUCCAUUUCUUGUGUUCUUCUUCUCUCUUCUUUUCCUUGGUGUCGGAAGAACUGUUCCUUGGAGUCUUGGUGUCCCACUUCUCGAUGACAACAUCAAAAAGAAGAGUCUUCCCGCUUAUUUUGGAGCAAUUUCAUCAAUUCGUGUUCUUGGGCCAAUUUGCGGUUAUUUGAUUGGAAGCGCUUGCAACAAAUUAUAUUAUACACUUCAUCCUCCAAACGGAUUGACACCAGCGGAUCCAACAUGGAUUGGAGCUUGGUGGAUUGGAUUCCUCUUUAUCGGAUCUAUCACCCUCAUCCCGUCGAUUGUCUUGUUUGCAUUCCCAUCUGGCCAGAAAGGAACCGAAUCGGCUUUACAAUUACAUGAUAUUCAUAAAGAAAAGAAGAAGCUUGAAGUAAAAACUAACAGAACAUUCAAGGAAAGAAGAACGGAUUUUUUGAAAUCGUGCAAAGCUGUUCUCAGCACAAAACUCUAUGUGGGUAGUGUUGUUGGCAGAAUUUGCGAUAUUCUAGCGUUCAAGGGUUAUAUCGUUUUUUUGCCAAAAUACUUGGAAAAUCAUUUUGGAAUUCCUCAAUACCUGGUAUAUCGCUACAUGGCCAUGUUUGGGGUAUUCGGCUUCGGAUUGGGAACCGCUUGUGGAGGAUUCCUCACGAGAAAGUUAAAACUCAAUGGAAGAAGGGCUGCCCUAUUCGUCAUGAUUGUAUCAUUUUUGAAUGUCUGUUUGUACACGACAAAAAUUUUCAUCGGAUGCGAAUCAAUUGUAAAUUCCAUCGGUCUGAAUAAUAGGGAAACUAAUUACAAUUUCACACGAGAAUGCAACGCUCAAUGCGAUUGUGGAAGUGCUAGAUUGUACCCAGUUUGCGAUAAAACAGGAUUUGCUUAUUUUUCUCCAUGCCAUGCCGGAUGUCGUGAAGCAAAACAAUUUGGAAACAAUCCGAUUCUAGACUUCACGUCGUGCGAUUGUGCUCCCGGUGGAAUUGUUAGUAAGAAGUUUUGCGAGAACAAAUGCAAGACUUCAACCGUUCUCUUCUUCCUUACUGUUCUUCCGGGAUCGUUCAUGGCAGGUCUUGGUGUUGUACCGGCAAUGCUCAUCCUUUUAAGAUGCGUCCCGCCAGAGAGUCGGUCCCUUUCGCUUGGUCUUCAAGGAAUGGCGGUAUCUUUGUUCGGAACUCUACCAUCCCCAAUUAUAUGGGGAUUCGUUAUUGAUGCAGCUUGCCUUGUUUGGGACACAACUUGUAAUGGAACUCGUGGUGCCUGCUCAAUUUAUCAUCCUCAACAUCUUCGGGUUUGGAUGCAUCUCUUAUAUGUGUGCAUUCGGUUGAUCGCAUUGCUCACCGAUAUAUUCGUUUGGUGGCACAGUAAAAACUUGAACAUUAUGGAAGAGCCUCCAAACGAGGAAAAUGAAAUAAUUCGAAGACAUUCUGUCAAACUUCAACCAACUACUCCGGAACAGUGA